AUGGGACCUCCAGAGCACAUAGACAGAAAAGGCAGUGAGGAAUUGCGCAGAGCCGAUCAUACACACGACUACGUCCCCAUUGCCGGUCGAGGACUGCUGGGGACGGAUGUAGCGCAGUCGGCUAAAGGUUUAGGGAAGCUAAAUUUAGUGUUAGGGGCGGGUGAGGCGCAGUCGAAACCAUUCACCUACAUCACCUGUGCUCUCGUUGUUUAUCGAUUUGCUCCAGCGGACACCACUAAGAGUUCCAUCUGUCCCGAUCGUGCGCAAUGGUCCCACAGCGGCUUCUUACCUCGCGAGGGACUCGAAGAGCAUCAUAUCUUUCUUUGA